AUGGAUAAAAAGGAAUUUCGUGUGUUGAUGAAGCAUUGCUUUUUGGCGAAAAAAAAUACUGUUGAAGCCAAGGCUUGGCUUGAUAAACAUUAUUCGGACUCUGCACCAGGAAAAUCAACCGUUGAGAAGUGGUUUGCUAAAUUUAAACGAGGUGAAAUGAGCAUCGAAGACGAUGCACGCAGUGGACGACCGAAAGAGGCUGUUACCGACGAAAACAUCAAAAAAGUCCACAAAAUAAUUUUGAAUGAUCGUAGAGUGAAGUUGAUCGACAUAGCUGAGACUCUAAAGAUAUCGAAGGAACGUGUUGGAUAUAUUGUGCAUGAAUAUUUGAACAUGCAAAAGCUGUGUGCAAAGUGGGUGCCGGGCGUGCUCACAAUCGAUCAAAAGCAACAACGUUUUGAUGAUUCGGAGCAAUGUUUAGCGAUAUUCAACCGUAAUAAAGACGAAUUUUUCCGUCGAUAUAUUACAAUGGAUAAAAUGGCUCCAUCAUUACACUCCAGAGUCCAAUCGACAGUCAGCCGAGUGGACCGAACGCGAUGA